AACACUUUUUUAAAUUAUACUAUUAAAAUUAAAAUAUUAAAAUAAAAUUUAACUUUAACUUUAAUUUCCUUGCUUCGAGUUUCACGGCCAACAUACAGGAAAUAAAGAAAGAAGAGCUUAAGCUUUUGUUGGUUUCUGAUUAAUGGAGGGUCCUUAGUUUCUCUCUUUCUCUCUCCUCUUCAAACACUUUCAUCUCUUCUAACUUUACUAUUUACUCCAUUUUCUCCACAUACACUCUUUUGCAACAACAAAUCUAAUCUAGUCCAAUCCUCUUUUCUUCCAGUUUUUGGAGUUAGAUCAGUUGGGGUAAGAACUAGGUAGCUGAUAUAAGAGGAACUUUUAAAGAAUUUAAAUCUGAUGUCUCCCCCAUUGAUGGGUGUUGAGGGGGGAGGGCAAAGCAAUGAUCAUACAUUGGUGCCUUCUCUGACGAGUGUCGAAUCAGGACUGAAAGAGCAUAACUAUUUUGGGUUGUCGGACUGUUCCUCUGUCGACAGCUCGAAUGUAUCGAGUUUGUCUGACGAUAACAAGGAUAGCCUGAACUUUAAGGCUACUGAGCUAAGGCUUGGACUUCCCGGGUCUCAGUCACCAGAAAGAGACUCGAGUAUCUGCCUUUCGAGUGUCUCAAAGCUCGAUGAAAAGCCGUUGUUUCCUUUGACUCCUUUGAAGGAUGGGAUCUCCUCAUCUUCACAAAAGUCUGCUGUGUCUGGUAGUAAAAGAGGCUUUUCUGAUACUGAAGCUAAUUGGACAUUUAAGUCACAAGGGCAUGAUUCUGAUGCUCCUAAAGCGGUGGCUCAGGCUAAGCUUCCGACUAAUGAUGGCAUGAAUACAGUGCUAUCAUCGAUGCCUGCGGCCUCACAAGCCCCUGCUAAGAGUGGAGCCCCACAAGCCCCUCCGAAGGCUGUGGGAGAACUGCCGCGUUCUAACAGUGGUAAUACUGCACCGGCUGCUAAGGCACAGGUUGUUGGUUGGCCUCCUAUUAGAUCAUUCCGAAAAAAUACGUUGGCCACCACUUCGAAGAACACUGAUCCGCUUUUUGUCAAGGUUAGCAUGGAUGGUGCUCCCUAUUUAAGGAAGGUUGAUCUCAGAACUUAUACCACUUAUCAAGAACUUUCCUCUGGCCUUGAGAAGAUGUUUAGUUGCUUCACACUAGGUCAGUGUGGAUCAAACAUGACAGAAACAAAAUUGAGGGAUCUCCUGCAUGGAUCAGAAUAUGUUCUCACCUACGAGGACAAGGAUGGUGACUGGAUGCUUGUUGGAGAUGUCCCAUGGGAAAUGUUCACUGAAACUUGCAAGAGGUUGAAGAUUAUGAAGGGUUCCGAUGCAAUUGGAUUAGCUCCAAGAGCCAUGGAGAAAUCUAAGGUACGGAACUAAUGACACAGCAGCAGAUGCCUCCCUGGAAAUAUUUCAAUGUGGGAUUUCAACAUAGAUGAUAAUGGCAGCCGGCUGGUCAUUUCGCUCAGAAUAGCUUCUAUGUGGUUUGUACUUUCGUGCAUCAAGUGCAUGGUGUCUAAUCAUAUUAUCUUAGUGUUUCUAUUUAAAAGCUUAUGGUCUACCUUUGAACUUGUGUUAAACUUCGUCAAGACAGCCUGGUCAUUCUGUUUUCAAGCUGAGUGUAUGUUAGAGGAACCUUUAGUUGAUUGUGUGUUUGACAUACUUACCAUAUUGGGUCUGCAAUUAUUACAUGUAUUGUCAAUUGUGAUUAUGAAAUUGUUUAGUAGUGCAUUCUUGUCAAACUCUUC